AUGGCCAUCAGGCUGUGGGAGAAACGAUUCGAGAAGAGACAUUUUUCUUCGAACCCCGUAAUUGCAAAACUCGACGUUGAAUGCAAUGAAUUGGCCCAGACUUGGAAAAAGUUUCAGGAACAUCUGCCGCAGCAAGAUCAGGUCGGCUUCGACGAACGCCUUCAAGAGUUCCGCGAUGUCUCGGCCAUGAUAGGCAAUCUGCAGACCGUCUGGAUGUCUAACCCCCGCCAGCGCCUGUUUAGCCGUUCCAUGGCACUCUGUGAUCAGUUCAACUCUUCUGUCCAUCUGCAUUUGGUGCUGUUGUCGGCCCUUCCCAGGAACGAAGCUUACAUUGCUCUCUUCCACGGUGUCUUGCAGUCAGUGAUCAAAGCUUCUGCCGAUUACCCCAGAGUCAUUGAAGGUCUGCUCGCAAUCCUGCUUCAAAUCAAUGAUUUUCUUCGUGUUCCAGCGGGAGACCAUGAUCUUUCAUCGAACAAUGACCUGGUCCUAUCUAUUGCAAAAUUUUACGCUCUCAUCUUCCUCUUGCUGGGGGAGUUUAUGGAUUGGUAUGUCAGAAAGGCCAAGUGUCGGUUGCUGAACAGUCCUAGUCUGGAUCCUUCUCUGGAUUUCGAACAUUUGCUUCGCAGUAUUCGAGAGUGUGCCAGAGAUGUCAGCCGCCUGCUCACUGACGAGAUGGAUCUUGAUACCGUGGGCUGCGUUGGAGAAAACAGCAUAUUUCAACACCCCGAUCUUUUCUUGUGGGAACAGGCUCUACUGAAGCAGAUCGGCUUGCAAAAAUUGGAUCGUCGGUUCGCCGCACAGAACGCUCUCACUCGUCAGUUGAUCUGGGAAAUCCAGCAUGAUGCAUCUGCGCGUGCCCGAACGGCUGCCAAAAGAGAUGUCCUGCUGUCACAGUUGCUGGACCGUGCCAGUCAAAGUCUCCGCCCGGUCAGCCAAGAAAACAGUGGUAUUACAUGCUGGACGACGGUUGCGACGCGCGACUUGGACGAUUCACGAUUUAAUUGGGUUCGCGGCCCGAAACGCAAGUAUACCCGAACCGAUCUCCAGUUCUCUUCCCGGCAUCUCCAGGACUUCUUCAACGCUGGCGACCAAGUGGCCGACUUCGAAUCUGGCGUGGAUGUUAUCGCUGAAGACAGUGUGCUGCAGUCGUUACAACAGUGGGCGACAAACACUCAUUCGCAGAUGCUGGCUGUGGGCGGAUCUCCACCCACCACCUUUCCCAACACCGUUGCCCUUUUCUCUGCUUGUUUCGCCACUUUUGCUCGACAGGCACGGCUUCCGGUCAUUUCCCACUUUUGCUCCCUCCCGACUCAGUCUGCAGAUGGUUUGACUUUGUUCCAACAGGGUCUUAUUGCCCUCGCUUACAGUUUGAUCCGGCAAUUAAUCGAUUACCUCCCGCCGGUUGUGGAGAGCCACGAUGCCUGUGAUUUGUGCGUGGAGCGUUUUACAUCCUUGAAUGGCACCCUAAGCUCGUGGAAGACAGUCCUCUCGCUUAUCGAUGCGCUUUUGCACUAUGCACCACCACUGCUGGUCUGCGUGAUUGACGGUCUCGAUAAGCUCCAAGACGAAUCCACCGACGCCUGUAUCCGGGAUCUGAUUCGCACUUUGAUGAUCCAUACCAGGCAUCGGGUGGACGAUACGGCAGACGGUUCUUGGAACCAAAAGGUGCUCCUUAAGGUCCUCUUCACAGUAGCUGAUCGGCCCAGUUCCCUAGUGGAAACCAUGUCGGAGAAUCAACUCAUACUGAGCGAACCGAAGGAAGCAGACGAGCCCAUCCCGACAGAUACCACUCCAGCCUCGGGCGUCGGAGUGGUCAUGAUGAAUGCAUGA